AUGUCUAGUGCAACAACUGACUGGCGACUUCUUCUCAACGAAGACGAAAGGAAGAUUAAUGUUGGCAGGUUUUAUAAAGGUUUAGAGCUCCUUAAUCAACCUACCGUAUAUAGAUUUCAGAUAUCGAAACAGUGGGAAAUUGAAUCUCAUAAUUGUGCAAAUUCCAAAGAUGAAUACAUCCAGCUUAUUGAAACAAAGUUACGAGAGUUAACUAAUAAAAUACAACAAGCCGUUCAGUUACAACAGCAACAACAAAUACAAAGGAAUGCUGCGUCAUCGCAACAACCUCAAGUCGUUCAACAACAGUCGCAACAAGCACAAACUUUACUAGUUCAACGAUUACCAAAUUCACAAUCACAGCAAUUGCAACAACCAAUUCAGACUCUUCAACAACAGGUUCCUUCUCGACAGCAACAGCAGCAAGCACAAACCCAAAGAAUUCUAUUGCAACAGCAACGUCCGGUCUUAGCGGCAGUUCAACAACAACAAUCGCAGCAACAACCUCAAGUCGCUCAACAACAGUCGCAGCAAGUACAGACUUCACUACCUCAACAAUUACCAAAUUCACAAUCACAGAAAUUGCAGCAACAAAUUCCGAUACAGACUCUUCAACAACAGCAGCAACCGAUUCCUUCUCCACAACAACAGCACGCACAAACCCAAAGAAUUCUAUUACAGCAACAACCAACUUCAAAUCAUUCAAAAACACAACCUCAAGUUGCUCAACAACAAUCGCAUCUAACACAAACCUUAUUAUCUCAAUUAUUAUCAAAUUCACAAUCACAGCAAUUGCAGCAACAACCAGUACCGGUUCAUUCUCUACAACAACAGCAGCAAGCGCAAACUCAAAGAUUCUCAUUACAACAGCAACGUCUGCAACAAUUGUUGCAACAACAACCACUGCAACAACAGCAACCAUUGCUUCAACGACUGCAGCAACUAACGGCAAUACAACAGCAACAAAAACAUCAACAACUUAAUGCAAAAACAGCAGCAGCAAUUUAG